AUGGCCCCCGACGACGACGAACCCAUCACACUCUCCGGAAACGCCCUCUCGGCCCUCCAAGAAUUCUACUCCGACCGCGACGCACUAGCCCAAAAAUUCGAGGAUCUGAAGAAAGUCGCCGAAGAUGACUUUGACGGCGAUGGGCAGAAAGAGGUCAAGACCUUGAGCAUGGAUGCUUUUGGGGAGAGUUGGCAGGAUUCGCAGUUUUGGUAUUCAGAUGAGACGGCUACGCUUUUGGCGGAACAGCUUCUUGAGGGUGCGACGGCUGAGACUACUAUUGCGGUUGUUUCGGCUCCGAGCACGUUUAUACAGAUUAAGAAUAUUUUGAACAAAGAAGGCAAGCCCCUUUCUGAGCGGCCGAAGGUCUGGUUGUUGGAGUACGAUAAGCGAUUCGAAGUAUUCAAAGAUGAAUUCCUGUUUUACGACUUCAAGUUCCCAUUGAAACUACCACCGAACAUGGUAAAGACAGUCGAUAGAUUCAUAAUUGAUCCACCAUUUUUAAGUGAAGAUUGCCAGACAAAAGCGGCAAUGACGGUACGAUACCUCGCAAAGUCAUGGCCAACUUCUGCUCCGCAAGAUUCACGUCUUAUAGUCUGUACUGGGGAGCGAAUGGAGACAUUAAUCAACAAGCUUUACCGCCCAACGGGAAUAGCGACAACGGAUUACCUACCAGUACACUCCAAAGGAUUGAGCAAUGAGUUCUUCUGUUAUGCCAAUUUUGAAUGUAGUGCAUGGAAAUGGAAAGCUGAGGAGAAGAAGAGUAAUGAGUCAUGA